AUGUCUUCCACAGUGCAUCCUCGCCAGGACGGCGACACGGAUUCAGAAGUUGACGUAUAUGGACACCGAUAUGAGCCGUCGGCAGAAUCACUGAUGCCGGGUUCGCGAGUGGGUCUAACUGAUACUCCAACAUUAGCGGGCGACUAUGGCGUCAUGCCCGGAGGUGCCAUGCGCGAGCCGUAUCCUGCGUGGACCCCUGAACGACAGAUACCGUUGUCGAAGGAGGAGAUUGAGGAUGUUUUCCUGGACCUCGCGCACAAGUUCGGCUUCCAGCGGGAUUCAAUGCGCAACAUGUUCGACUUCCUUAUGCAGCAACUCGACAGUCGAGCAUCACGUAUGCCGCCCGAACAGGCGCUCCUUACCCUGCACGCGGACUAUAUCGGAGGUUGGCAUGCGAACUACCGGAAAUGGUACUUUGCCGCUCAGCUAGACCUCGACGAUGCCGUGGGCCAGUCACAAAACCCGGGACUCCAACGGCUUCGAUCCACAAAACAGAAGCACAAGGGCCGAGCGACAUCCGAAAAGUCGCUGAACGCAGCCCUUGAUCGGUGGCGCCAGGCGAUGCACAACAUGACGCAGUAUGAUCGACUUCGUCAAAUUGCACUCUAUUUGCUCAUCUGGGGUGAGGCUGCGCAAGUACGCUUUUGUCCGGAGACGCUGUGCUUCAUCUUCAAAUGUGCCGAUGACUACUAUCGCUCACCCGAAUGUCAAAAUCGUGACCAGCCUGUCCCGGAAGGUUUAUAUUUACGUGCUGUGAUUAAGCCGCUGUACCGCUUCAUUAGAGACCAAGGGUAUGAGCUCCAAGACGGACGUUAUAUUCGGCGGGAAAAGGAUCAUGAACAAAUCAUUGGAUAUGAUGACAUCAAUCAGUUAUUCUGGUACCCGGAGGGGAUUGCACGCAUUGUUCUCACCGAUAAAACGCGGUUGGUAGAUGUGCCGCCUCCACAUCGUUUUAUGAAGUUCGAUAGAAUAGACUGGAAUCGUGCAUUCUUCAAGACUUAUUACGAGAAGCGAUCGUUUUUCCACCUGCUGGUCAAUUUCAACCGGAUAUGGGUCAUCCAUAUUUCAUUGUAUUGGUACUACACGGCGUUCAACUCUCCAACGGUAUACACUAAAUCAGGAGAGCAAAGUCCGACUCCUGCAAUGAGUUGGUCAGCAACAGCGCUUGGCGGUGCAGUGUCGACGGUCAUCAUGAUUCUGGCUACGCUCGCGGAAUUUUCGUACAUUCCUACAACUUGGAACAAUACCUCUCAUCUCACCCGCCGUCUACUAUUCCUAUUCAUCACUCUCGCGCUCACCGCAGGACCGACUUUUUAUGUCGCAAUUUCGGAUACUCCAGGCGCAUCAAGUUCUGUCCCCUUGAUCAUUGGGAUUGUACAAUUUUUCAUCUCUGUGGUCGCCACCCUGUUGUUCAGUAUCAUGCCAUCGGGUCGAAUGUUUGGUGAUCGUGUUGCGGGCAAGUCGCGGAAGUAUCUUGCAAGCCAAACGUUCACGGCUAGUUACCCAUCCCUCUCGAAGACCUCUCGGUUCGGCUCGUUCUUACUCUGGUUCCUUGUCUUCGGCUGCAAGUUUACAGAGAGUUACUUCUUCUUGACACUGAACUUCUCCAAUCCGAUUAGAGUGAUGGUGGGUAUGAAAAUACAAGGAUGCUCUGACAGGUUCUUUGGAAACGCACUAUGUACGAAUCAGGCGGCAUUCACUUUGACGAUCAUGUACAUCAUGGAUCUUGUUCUGUACUUCUUGGACACGUUCUUGUGGUACGUGAUUUGGAGUACAGUCCUCAGUAUUGGCCGUUCGUUCGUGGUUGGCUUGUCGAUCUGGACACCGUGGCGCGAAAUCUUCACUCGCCUUCCGAAGCGCAUAUACUCGAAGCUCCUUGCGACUUCGGAGAUGGAGGUCAAGUAUAAACCGAAGGUGCUUGUCAGCCAGAUCUGGAACGCGAUUAUCAUCUCGAUGUACCGAGAGCAUUUGCUGUCCAUUGACCAUGUUCAGAAGCUGCUGUAUCAUCAGGUUGCGACGGAUGGAGAUGGUGAUAGAAGGGCUCUUCGUGCGCCAGCGUUCUUCAUGAGUCAGGGUGAUCGUGGAUUCAAGGGCGAAUUCUUUCCUCGCGGUAGCGAGGCAGAGCGUCGUAUCUCGUUCUUUGCGCAGUCAUUGUCAACUAACAUCCCUGAGGCUUUGCCUGUAGAUGCGAUGCCGACGUUCACUGUGUUGACACCACACUAUUCGGAGAAGAUCUUGCUGUCGUUGCGUGAGAUUAUAAAGGAGGAGGAUCAGCAUACACGUGUUACUUUGUUGGAGUACCUCAAGCAGUUACAUCCGAUUGAGUGGGACAACUUUGUAAAGGACACGAAGAUUCUUGCGGAGGAGUCGAAUAUGUUCAAUGGCCAAAAUCCGUUCGGAGGUAGUGACGAGAAAGGCGGAAGUGGGAAGACCGCGGAUGAUUUGCCGUUCUACUGCAUUGGGUUCAAGAGUUCAGCACCGGAGUUCACACUGAGGACGCGUAUUUGGGCAAGCCUGCGUGCACAGACCCUUUAUCGCACAGUAUCUGGUAUGAUGAACUACGCGAAGGCAAUCAAGCUUUUGUACCGCGUCGAGAACCCGGAAGUCGUGCAGCUGUUUGGUGGUAACACUGAUAGGUUGGAACGUGAGCUAGAACGCAUGGCUCGUCGCAAGUUUAAAUUCGUUGUUUCGAUGCAGAGGUACGCGAAGUUCAACCCGGUUGAGCGCGAGAAUGCAGAGUUCUUGCUUCGUGCGUAUCCAGACCUGCAAAUCGCGUACCUUGAUGAGGAACCUGCGAAGAGGGAAGGCGGUGAUCCUCGAUUGUACAGCGCUCUCAUCGAUGGGCACUCCGAGUUCAUUCCUGAAACUGGCCGUCGCAGGCCCAAGUUCCGUAUUGAACUACCGGGUAACCCUAUUCUUGGAGAUGGUAAAUCGGACAACCAGAACCACGCGAUCAUCUUUUACCGUGGAGAAUACGUGCAGCUCAUCGACGCGAACCAGGAUAACUAUCUUGAGGAGUGCUUGAAAGUCCGGAACGUACUUGCGGAGUUCGAUGAGUAUGCAGUGUCCAGCCAGAGCCCUUACGCUCAGUGGGGUCACCAGGACUUCAAGAAAAACCCAGUGGCAAUCGUGGGUGCUCGCGAGUAUAUCUUCUCUGAGAGCAUCGGCAUUCUCGGUGAUAUAGCUGCAGGCAAGGAGCAGACAUUCGGCACACUCGCAGCUCGUGCACUUUCAUGGAUUGGUGGGAAACUGCACUAUGGUCACCCGGAUUUCUUGAACGGCAUUUUCAUGAAUACUCGUGGUGGGGUCUCGAAAGCGCAGAAGGGUCUUCAUUUGAACGAAGAUAUCUUUGCAGGUAUGAACGCGAUGGGAAGAGGGGGUGUUAUCAAGCAUACGGAAUACUUCCAAUGUGGGAAAGGACGCGAUUUGGGCUUUGGAACAAUUUUAAACUUCCAAACAAAGCUAGGGCAUGGAAUGGGCGAGCAGAUGCUAAGUCGCGAAUAUUACUACCUUGGCACGCAGCUUCCUAUCGAUCGGUUCUUGACGUUCUACUACGGCCAUCCCGGCUUCCAGAUCAACAACAUUCUGGUUAUCUUAUCCGUGCAGGUCUUCAUCGUGACACUGGUGUUCCUCGGCACGUUGAAUAGCUCGGUGACAAUUUGCAAAUUCAACAGUCAAGGCCAGUUCAUUCCGAAUCAGUCUGGAUGCUACAACCUUGAUCCUAUCUUUGAUUGGAUCAAGCGCUGUGUCUAUAGUAUCUUCUUAGUGUUCAUGAUUGCAUUCAUGCCUCUGUUCUUGCAAGAACUUGUUGAACGUGGUGCCGGUCGUGCCGUCAUACGCCUUACGAAGCACUUUUGCUCACUGUCGCCCGUUUUCGAGGUGUUCUCAACGCAGAUCUAUGCCAACUCAAUCCUGACCAAUCUUAACUACGGUGGAGCCCGAUAUAUCGCGACGGGUCGUGGGUUCGCAACUUCGCGUCUCAACUUCAGCACGUUGUUCUCUCGUUUCGCGGGUCCAAGUAUCUACCUUGGAAUGCGCACGCUCAUUAUGCUGCUUUACGUGACGUUAUCUCUGUUCAUUCCGCAUAUCAUCUAUUUCUGGAUCACAACACUCGCUUUGUGUCUGGCGCCAUUCAUUUUCAACCCGCACCAGUUCUCGUUCGCGGACUUCGUUAUUGAUUACAGGGAGUUCCUUCGUUGGAUGUCGCGUGGUAAUGCUCGGGCGCACAAGAAUGCUUGGAUUGGGUACUGCAGAUUGUCGCGUACAAUGAUUACUGGAUACAAAAAGAAGAAACUGGGACAGCCAUCGGACAAACAGAGCGGUGGUGACUCUCCUCGUGCUGGUUGGCGUACGGUCUUGUUGUCGGAAAUUGUGUUCCCGAUUUGCAUGGCGAUCCUCUUCGUCAUUGCCUACCUCUUCGUCAAGUCAUUCCCACAGAACCAUAACUCCAACAAGGAGAAUGCGAGCCCACUUGUUCGUAUUGCAAUUGUGAGCUUGGGUCCAAUUGUCUGGAAUGCCGCGGUUCUGCUCGUCUUGUUCAUGGUCUCGAUCUUCAUUGGCCCAAUGCUCGAUACUGUCGCGCCGAAGUUUGGAAGUGUAAUGGCGUUCAUUGCACAUACGUCGGCAUUAGUUGGUAUGGUGGGAUUCUUCGAAUUCUUGUGGUUCCUCGAGCUCUGGAAUGCCUCACACGCUGUCUUGGGUUUGAUCGCAAUCAUUUUCAUCCAGCGUGCCAUUCACAAGAUUCUUAUCUCGGUCUUCCUGUCGCGUGAAUUCAAGCACGAUGAAACGAACCGAGCAUGGUGGACAGGUAAAUGGUACGGUCGUGGCCUUGGUGCGCAUGCAAUGAGCCAGCCUGCUCGCGAAUUUGUAGUCAAGAUUAUCGAGUUGUCGCUUUGGAGUUCGGAUUUCUUGAUCUGUCACGUUCUUUUGUUCUUUCUCGCAUUGCCGUUGUUUAUUCCCUACAUCGAUCGUUUGCAUGCAACGCUUCUAUUCUGGUUACGUCCUUCGCGACAGAUCCGCGCGCCGUUGUAUUCUCUCAAGCAGAAGAGGCAAAGGAGGCAGAUAGUCGUCAAGUACGGCAUCGUAUUCCUUCUUGUAUUCGGCAUAUUCAUUGCCUUGAUCGUCGUUCGUACGUCAUAA